AACACAGGCGAAACCCGAGCACCGCAGGCACCCCACGGCCCGCAGCACCCGCGGGGGCCGCCGGGCAGCGGCGUCAGCAGAAGGAGCCGGAAGGAGCGACACCGGCAGGGGCCGGAGCGGCGGGAGAGGCGGGACCCGAGCGGGGGACGCGGAGAGGUUGAAUAUCCUGAUGAGUAACUUGUUGUCUUGGAGCGUGGUGGAGCUUGCACGAUCUCACCUUCACAGAAACGGUGUUCUGAGUUUCACUUGGUGAGCAAAACUUACUGGGCACCUGUAAAUGGAAGAGAAUGGAAUCCCUUUGUGGCAGCACUGCAUCAGGGGCUGUUUGAGCACUGCAGAUGUUCCUCUCCCCAGCACCCCAUGGGAGAUUUAGCAGAGAAGGAGAUGGAUAACCCCACGUUUCGAAGUGACACUGUGCUGUCUGAUGUCCACUUGCACUGCCCAAGCAAAAGACACCUCAUGGUACGACUGAAUGCAGUUGGACAGCCAGUGUUCCUGUCCUAUUUCAAACUGCUUUGGAGCACAGAAGAUUUGGCAUCUGGGAAACACGUGAGAGAAAUUACCACAGGAAGAGAACAGCACUGCAGAAGUGGAGAUGAGCUGUGUGACAAGGACAGGAGUGACCUGAAAGAAGAAGCAGAAUUAAAUAGUGAAGGAGUAGAAGCUCUGCUGGAUGAGGAUGGAGACUUGGAAGUGGUCAGAAGGCCUCGAAGUGCCUCUGAUUUGCAAGCAGAGGAUCUUUUGAGGGAUAUUGUGUGCCCUGUAAUUCUGAUGAAAGGGAAAGAAGAUGCUUUUGAAGAUGAAGAGCAGGAGUGCACUUGCAGUGAUGUUGUUAAAAUAGAACACACUAUGGCAACCCCCUUGGAAGACGUUGGUAAACAAGUCUGGCGUGCUGCCUUCCUUCUGGCUGAUUACAUUCUCUUUCAAAGGGACACGUUCAGGGGUUGCUCUGUGCUGGAGCUUGGAGGUGGCACUGGAAUUACCAGCAUUAUCAUGGGAACAGUUGCCAAGAGAGUUUAUUGCACAGAUGUUGGUGAAGAUCUCCUGGCCAUGUGUGAGCAAAAUGUUGCAUUAAACAAGCACCUGUUGGAGCCAGGAGGAGGGGAAAUUAAAGUGAACGAACUGGAUUGGCUGAAAGAUGAAUUCUGCACUGAUCCUGAAGCUCCUUAUAGCUGGUCUGAAGAAGAGAUUGCUGAUUUGCUUGAUCACUGUACUGUGAUAAUGGCAGCUGAUGUGUUCUAUGAUGAUGAUCUGACAGAUGCCUUGUUCAGAACUCUGUAUAGAAUCACACACAACUUGAGAAAUUCUUCCACAGUUUACUUAGCACUGGAAAAGAGGCUGAACUUCACUUUAAGACAUAUGGAUAUUACAUGUGAAGCCUACAGUCACUUUAGAAAUACUCUAAAUGAUCUGGAGAACCUCCAGGAUGGAAAAAUGAAAUAUACAGUGGAGCCCAUUAAGCCUGAUUUCUGCCAGUUCCUUGUUUAUGAGCGUAUUGAGCAGUUGGAAUUGUGGAAGAUCAUGGCUGAGCACCUAACCUGACAGGCUCAUGAGGAAAGAGAAGAUCUUUACCUAAGGAGAAGGGCUGUUUUGAUGUUCUGCUAAGAUAAGGAUGUUCAUCCCAAGAAAAGCAUUUUCCUGGUGGUAUUGUGUUCUCAGAAAGUAUUGCAAUGCAGUUUUGCUUUACUUUUUUGGUUUUGGCACUUCGUUUCUUGGACUUGUACAGUUGGACAUGAUCUCUCUGAUGUUUCCAAAUACCUGCUGGAUGCCAGGCAGUGGCAGUGACACAGUGACUUGCUCUUUGGGUUGAUGACUUCACUUUUAGAGUCUGGCAAAGAAGUAUUUAACCUUUUCCAUGUGGCUGAUUUGCAGAUGUUGUGCAUCUCCCUUUUUAGUUUACACAACAUGGACACCAUUCUCAGUCUUAUCCCAGUUCCACCCAUUAUUUGUAUUUAUGGACACUUGUGGAACAAUGUUCUGGACAGGACUUUUUUGUCAUGAAUGAAAUUUUCUUUAAGAAAUUUGUUUAUGAAACUUGGCCCUUUAUUCUCAGUUUGUCCUAUAUAAAUCACUCUAGUUUAGGGCCACUGUCUGACUUGAAAGGAAGCAAGAUGCAUUUUGUUUGAGCCUCUAAAAAUACUCCACAGAGGUUUUGGAGUAUAGGAAGUCCAUGCUAUGUUGUCCUGCAGGAAUUUUAAGCUAUUCUUAAAAUUGGGUAGGUUGAGGAUGAGAAGGUACCACAUGAAGGGAGAUGUUACAGCUCUUGAAAUAUUUGGAAUUCUGCCUUCAGCAUACACAUGUGAGGCUGGGGGUAGAGAAUUGGCCAAGAAUGUCUUGCCCAAACAAAAUUGGGCCUCCAAUAUCUUACUUCUGGAUUAAAAUAAAACAUAUUUAUUAAAUCUUUCCUGUGUUAUUAAUGAAUCCAAAA